AUGGCGCAACCACAGUCACAACCGCCCAUCCCAAAACCCGUGUCGACACCCGCCUUCUCUCCGCCAUCUGGGCCUCAGCAAUCGCCAUCCCCCGCCCAAUCCCAAUCUGCCUUUACGUUGCCCCCAAACAAACGUCCCAGACUAUCUCCAGCGCCCGCGUCGCAACCACAGUCGCCAUAUAACUCUCCCUAUGCUCAAAGCCCUGGUGCAACGGGAGCUUCCACACCAGGUCACACUCCGUCCAGCGCCGCCGCGUCUCCUCAGUUUACAGGCAUACCGCUUCCUACCACUACGCCAACCGCAUCUUCUGCUGCGCGUGCCACGACACCCACCACUCUCCCGAUGCCAACCCAUCAGAUACCCAUGCCGACAGCGACUCCCGUUUCAACUAACGGCCACACACCUGGCCUUAGCCUUCCCGACUCCCGUCCACAUGUCCCGACAAUAGCUACCCCACAACUGCCCGCGGCCCCGAGUCCUGGGCCACCAUCCCAGUAUACAUCGGCCACUAUGGCACCGAUUGCGCCCGCGCCCAGCCCGGGCGCCCCUUCUCCGGCUGCCAUCUCCCAGAGCAUGCCGCCGCCAGCUCGUCCCCUCGAUCGACCGACCAAGGAAUUUGAUUACGAGCCGACCGAUAUGUUAGCGGGGACAGGAAUUGAUCUACGCGCCGAAGAGAAUUAUGCAACGGAAAUGCUACUCAAUAGCUAUGAGGCAUCGUAUGGCUUCCCCCAGCAUCCUCCGGGUCCUAGAGAGACCCUAUAUGGAGCGGGUCAGUUGAAUCAGCCCCCGGAGCGUACCGACGCGCAGUCGCAGGAAGAGCUCGUAUCUCAGGCCGCUAAGAAAGCGUGGGACGACGCAGCGAGGAAGCUAGCGCAGAUACGUGUCCAGGAAUUAAUCGAGCCCUAUGUCCUCGUCCCCGCCGUCCACAGGAAGCUGGAGAAGUUCGCCAAAGAACAGGGUCUGCAGCUUCACGUGGACUUGAAAACUGGCCAGCAGCAUGGAAAGAUGCGCGCUCCUGAGAAUUUCCCACAACCCCGCGUCAACGUCACUGUGAAGACUCUCCCGGACGCGACUAUAGUGACUACCGCUGGCUCAUUCAUUCCACAUGACGCCUACCUGGUCGACCAACUCGGACUAUUGUCCAUUGCUUGCAAGCAAAGAAUGCGCACCCUGCUAGAGGAUGCGCAUCGAGUAUCUGUCAACAGGCAAGCCUCAUCCCACGGGCAUAUCCCCGAGGAGUGGGCGGAUGUAGCUGCUCCGCUCAAGGGAAUGGCGGCCGUUGAGGAGGCAGCUCUGGUAGCGAACGACGAAACGGCGAGUGCGGAGCCAAAUCCUCUUAAGAGGACGCAAGCCGCCGCCGAACUCGAACCUGCGAAUGGUACUCCUGCAAAGCUGCAACGGAUCGAUAAGAACGAAACCAUUACCACUGUUCGAGACGCCGUAAGAACCGAACGAGAUUGGGAGGAAGUGCGUCUAAGGAAGCGAAACGCACGCAAGGAAGGAACAACAGAAUCCGGCGCUCCAUCGCGCGCCGGCUCGGUCGGGCCCGGCACGCCUGGCUCCACGGCCGGAGAUGGUGGCACGAAGAAGGAAAUGACCAAGAAGGAGCAGCGGAAGAGCGCGAAAGCGGCAGAGGCUAGUAAUCACGCCUCUCAGAACUUGACCAGCAGCAUGUUUGUCGGCAAGAUGGGUAGCGUCUUCGGAAAGAAGAAGUAUGGAUGGAUGACGGGUGGCGGUGCUCGAAGUGGUGCCUCGACACCAGCACGCGCGGGUACUCCUGGCCCCGGAGGCGGUGCGGGUGCGGCACCAGCGGCACAGCCCGAGGCUAUGCCCCUAACGACGGAUAGUCGCAAUAGGCUUGGAAACUGGCGGGAAGAUAAGGAUAAGGGUAAGGGCGUUCAGCUCAGAGAUUGGAUCGCGGCCUUGGAGGCGGAUGGUGUUGAACACGCGACGUUACAAAGUGCUUACGAUAAGCUCGAUACCUCGGGGCCAAACGCCAUCAGGCUUCUUAGACUCACUUCCCGUUUCCAGGCGCCGGUGACUCGGCGCUCUUACAGCAUGGCGAUUGCGGCGGUUGGGCAGCUCACGUCGACGGCGGACGUGUUGCUGAACUUGGAGAAGUGCAAGAAACUAGUUCGCGAGGCAGCCCAAGGGGGAGCAAAGGUGAUCUUCCUCCCCGAAGCCGCAGACUACAUCGCUUCAUCGCCUCAAGAGUCACUUUCCCUAGCGAAGCCGCAAGAAGAGUCCCCAUUCGUCAAUGGUCUCCGCUCAGCAGCAAAGGAGCACGGGAUCGAGAUCAACGUCGGCAUCCACGUGCCCGUGACGGAGCAGUCUGACUCUCCGGGCUCGGUGUCGACAAGACUCUACAACCGGUCGCUGUGGAUCCGCUCCGAUGGCGGGAUCGACGACGGAACAGGUUACGACAAGCUCCACCUCUUCGACUAUGGAGCCCUACGGGAGAGCGCGACGGUUAAGCCGGGGACUCGGCUGACACCGCCGUUCGAGACCCCUCUCGGGCGCGUCGGCAGUCUCAUUUGCUUCGAUCUUCGGUUCCCCGAACCGGCGCUGGCACUUGCGCAUCGUGGCUCUGGCGCGUCGGCGCAGAUUCUCACGUACCCAUCGGCGUUUACGGUGCCGACGGGAGGGGCGCACUGGGAGGUUUUGCUCCGGGCGAGGGCUAUCGAGACGCAGAGCUGGGUCAUUGCUGCGGCGCAGGUGGGUCGUCACAAUGAGAAGAGGGUGAGCUACGGGCACAGUCUAGUGGUGGAUCCUUGGGGGAGGGUGGUGCUACACCUUGGCGGUGUGGAUUCAGACGGGAACCCCGAUGAUGGCUCGGACGGCACGGCGGUUGGCUUCGUGGAUAUCGAUCUAGACUUGGUUCAGAAGGUCCGGGCAGAGAUGCCUCUAGUAAGAAGAACGUGA